ACCAAUUUAGGAUUUGUUGUGAACAGCAUGGAGGAGAAUGACCCCAAGCCCAGCGAAGCGGCGGCGGCGGAGGGGCAGCGGCAGCCGGAAUCCAGCCCCAGCGGCGGCUCGGGCGGCGGCGGCAGCCCGGGCGACGCGGACACUGGCCGCCGGCGGGCUCUGAUUCUGCCUGCAGUUCUGCAGGCGCCGGGCAACCACCAGCACCCGCACCGCAUCACCAACUUCUUCAUCGACAACAUCCUGCGGCCCGAGUUCGGCCGGAGAAAGGACACGGGGACGUGCUGUGCCGGCGCGGGCGGAGGAAGAGGCGGUGGAGCCGGCGGGGAAGGCGGAGCGGAAGGAGGCAGCGGCGCGGGGAGCGCCGAGCAGCUCCUGGGGUCGGGCCGAGAGGCUCGGCAGAACGCGCCCAGUGCGCCCGGUGCGGGCGGGCCGUUGCCCGGCGGCGGCGGCGACUCUCCGGGCGACGGGGAAGGCGGCUCCAAGGCGCUCUCGCUGCACGGCGGCGCCAAGAAAGGCGGCGACACCGGGGGCCCCCUGGACGGGGCACUCAAGGCCCGCGCCUUGGGCGGCGGCGACCUGUCGGUGAGCUCGGAUUCGGACAGCUCGCAGGCCAGCGCCAACCUGGGCGCGCAGCCCAUGCUUUGGCCGGCCUGGGUCUACUGCACGCGCUACUCGGACCGGCCUUCUUCAG